AUAUAACAAUUGCUUUCAAAUGACUUCAUUUGGGGCAACAAAUGUAGUUCGGGAAAAUUUUAUGCCAACUUUCAAGAUACAAGGGCAAAUAUAUCAUAGAGCAGGUUCACUGUUACCAGUGUCAGAUAGCGACAACAAAUUCCUGCAAAUUUAUUUUAUGGGCAAUUCACCACAAGAAAUUGAUCUGCGUUGUGCACAUAACAAUUUAGUAAAGAGGUCUAUUGUAGAACAAUUACAAACUUUAUUUCAUCAGCACAAUCAAUUGAUUAUAUUGUUUAAAACUGCCCUGGAUCUGAUGCCAUCCGAUAAUCACAAAAUUGUAAUCAGAGCUGAUAAAACACCUGCAGGUCAACAUACAAGACGUUUUAAUGCACCAACUAUUGAUGAAGUUGCUAUCGUUGUAGUUGGAGAAAACUUGGAAUCCCGUGAUAUUGUUUUACGUCGUCGGAAUGAUCAAUUACAACGUAUAAAGGAAACACACCGCUCAUAUGAUGCACUGCAAUAUCCCAUUAUAUUUUGGCAAGGUGAAGAUGGCUACGAUUUCUCAAUAAAAAUGAUAAAUCCCAUUGCAGGUUCUGAAACCAACAAAAAAGUCAGUUCAAUUCAUACCGCCUAA